GGCCAGUCGUUCCGCUGGCGGCAGACCGGCAGCGAGCCGCUGGAGUUCACGGGCGUCAUCGGCCAGCGCGCGGUGCGCCUGCGCCAGCUGCCGGACGAUGUGCAGUACCAGGUCGUAGCGCGCGGCGCUGGCGCGGCAGCGGCUGCCGAUGCCGCCGCCCUGCACGACUACUUCAACUUGGGCACCCGCCUGGCUGACCUGGCGCCCAGCUGGCGCGCCGCCUGCCCGCGCUACGCCCACGUGCACCACCUGCUGCCAGGCGCUCGCAUGCUGCGCCAGGACCCGCUGGAGUGCUCCAUGGAGUUCAUCUGCAGCCAGAACAACCACAUCCAGCGCAUCCACGGCAUGGUGGAGCGGCUGUGCCGCCAGCACGGCACGCCGCUGCUGGCCGCGGCCGGCGACGGCAGCGUGCCGCCAGCGGGCGCCACGCCCGCCAAGCUGGCGCUGCACGCCUUCCCAACCCUGGAGCAGCUGUCGGCUGCCACCGAGGAGGAGCUGCGAGCAGACGGCUAUGGCUACCGCGCCAAGUACAUCACCGGCAGCGUGGCGCAGCUGCUGGCCAAGCCGGAGGGCGGCGCCGCAUGGCUGCUGGGCCUGAGGAGCGUGCCGUACGAAGAGGCUGUGGAGGAGCUGUGUACGCUGCCUGGCAUUGGGCCCAAGGUUGCCGCCUGCAUUGCUCUCUUCUCCCUGGACAAGCAUGAGGCCAUCCCAGUGGACACCCACGUCUGGGCGCUGGCCUGCAAGUACUACCUGCCGCACCUGCGCGGCAAAAGCUUGACAAAGAAGGUGCACGGCGAGGUGCAGGCGGCGUUUGUCAAGAGGUUUGGGCCCUAUUGCGGCUGGGCCCACAACACUCUCUUCAUUGCUGAGCUG